AUGGAAUAUUCCACCCAGCCCGAGGCCGCAUCCCAGCGAGCCCUUGGACUUGGCGAUAUCCUCCGCAUGAUAUUUUCCCGAAAUACUCGCAGCGACGAGGAAGCGAUGGCAUAUCAUUCCGACUUGCUGAGAUGGGCACUCGUGAAUAGCCGUUGGUAUAGAGAGGCCAUUCCCCUGCUCUGGGCUCGCCCACGCUUUCCCCUCCAUGUAAUAAUGGCAAAAGUCCCAUCCGAACGUCGUCAAUACUACGCCAAUCAUGUGGCUUGGGCACUGGUCGUCUACCACACUCAGUAUCAGAAGGAUGCCUAUGCGGAGAAUGGUCUGCUCUAUGGGCUUGUGUUUCCUAAAUUGACCAGAAUCUUUGCGAGCCUCUACGCCCCGAAUAGCUACACUGCUCGUAAGCGCUUUUCCUUCUCUGUGAUUUAUUUCGAGAGGCGUGUGGGUGAACUUGAGGGAGUGCCUAGUUUGGAUGAAAUCUUUUGGCCUAUUACUAAUCUCAUGCCCGGCCUUAGGGAGAUGGCUUUCAAAUAUGAGAUGGUUCUCAUAGAGGAUACAGCAUUCUCUUACCUUAAAGGACAGGCUCGGAUUGCUCGGAACGAUCAACCGACAGCACCUGAAAACAUCCAUUGGUUUUAUCGAGAUGACUCCGGUGAGCCACAUAAUUGGGAACAGGGUAGAAGCAAUGGGGCUUGGAUGGCGAGGAGACUGAGGAUGUUCGCCAGCGAUACAUUUGAUAUGAUGAGUAACCAGCAGCAAGUAUGA